AUGUUUGUGAAAAGAAACACCUGUUUGCUUGUCUUUCUGUUUUGCUCUCUGACCUUGUGGUGCAAGUCGACCAGCGCGGGCUCCAGCUAUCUCAGCCCUUCACAGAAACCUAAGAACAAGGUGAAGUCUCCCAGAGUCGGCCGCCAAGUCAUGGAGGAGCCUGGUCAGCCCACCGAGGACAACCACAUCACAAUCAGUGCCCCCUUUGACAUCGGCUUCAUUGUGAGAGAGGAGGACUUUGAGCAGUACGGUGUAGCGCUGCAGGAGAUCAUUCAGCGUCUGCUGGGAAACACGGAGGCUGCAGCAGAGAGACCAUCCCAACCAUUUUGA